CUUAUUUCCAGGUAGUGCGCGUCUGUCAUGAGGUUUGACAGCGAAAUGUCCCAAUUGCAUUUUUGGAUUUAAUUUAAGAAACCCAAUCGCCACACUGGGAGGGCGCUUUACUGUACCGUGUAGCCAUUUGGCUAGUUGUAGUAGUAGGUUGUGGGACCUACAAAUGUCAUUGUGCAUGUAUGCAUGCAUGCAUAUUUUUCGGCGUAUUGCAUUGGUGAGGAUAUUGUUCUUUAAUGCAGUCAGCCGCCUCGUUGACGUUCUAAUACCGACUACAUUGUGCUGAGGUCGGGGAGGCGUUUCAGGUUCGCUAAGUGAACCCUGAGCUCAGUCGCCCGCGAUGGAAGGAGGAUCGUCCCAGGAAGGCGACCUGCUCACGGUGAAACACGAGGUCACGCACGCAAAUCUGACGGGCCACGUAGAGAGGGUUGGCAUUAAGAACUUCGAGCUGCUAAAGGUGCUUGGAACUGGAGCCUACGGCAAGGUGUUCCUGGUGCGUAAAGUGAGCGGCCAUGACGCAGGGAAGCUGUACGCCAUGAAGGUGCUGAAGAAGGCCACCAUCGUGCAGAAGGCCAAGACGGCAGAACACACGCGCACCGAGCGCCACGUCCUCGAGCACAUCCGCCAGUCGCCCUUCCUCGUCACGCUGCACUACGCCUUCCAGACCGACACGCAGCUGCACCUCAUCCUCGAUUACGUCAACGGUGGCGAGCUCUUCACACACCUGGUGCAGAGGGUGCGAUUCAAGGAGAAGGAGGUUGUUGUGUAUAGCGGGGAGAUCGUCCUGGCUCUAGAACACCUGCAUAAGCUGGGUAUCGUUUACCGGGACCUGAAGCUGGAGAACAUCCUGAUGGACUCCAAUGGGCACAUUGUUCUCACAGACUUCGGGCUCAGCAAGGAGUUCGAUGAGGGUGAGAGGGCAUAUUCCGUCUGUGGCACCAUCGAGUACAUGGCCCCAGAGAUUGUGGCGGGGGGGGCCGGCGGCCAUGAUAAGGCGGUGGAUUGGUGGAGUCUGGGGGUGCUGAUGUACGAGCUGUUGACUGGCGGAUCGCCCUUCACGGUGGACGGUGACGCCAACUCCCACGCUGCCAUCUCCAAGAGGAUACUGAAAACUGAGCCUCCUUUCCCCAAGGACAUAGGGCCCUUGGCUAGAGACAUCAUCCAGCGCCUCCUCGCUAAGGACCCAAAGAAGAGGCUGGGCUCUGGGCCCUCGGGGGCUGAGGACGUGAAGAAGCACGGCUUCUAUCAGAAGAUAAACUGGGAGGACUUGGCAGCCAAGAACGUUCCGGCACCUUUCAAGCCGGUGAUCCGGGACGAGCUGGAUGUCAGUAACUUUGCGGAGGAGUUCACCGAGAUGGACCCCACCUAUUCCCCUGCGGCCCCUCCCCAGAACUGCGACCGCAUCUUUAAGGGAUACUCCUUCAUGGCCCCCUCCAUCCUAUUCAAGCCCAAUGCCGUGGUGGGCGAUCUCUCGGAGCUGUGCAAGGGCUUGGAGCGGCCCGGCUCUGCUGCCGUGGCCAGAAGCGCCAUGGUGAAGGACUCACCAUUUUACAUGAACUACGAGCUGAGCCUGAAGGACAGCCCCCUGGGGGAGGGCAGUUUCUCCAUAUGCAGGAAGUGCACCCACAAGCGGACGGGCCUCACCUACGCCGUCAAGAUCGUCAGCAAGAGGAUGGAAGCUCAGACCCAGAAUGAGAUCGCCGCUCUGAAGCUCUGUGACGGCCACCCCAACAUCGUAAAGUGCCACGAGGUCUAUCACGACCAGCUGCACACCUAUCUGGUGCUGGAGCUGCUCCAGGGGGGGGAGCUGCUGGAUCGCAUCCGGCGCAAGCGGCUUUUCAGCGAGACCGAGGCCAGCCGCAUCAUGCGCAAGCUGGUGUCUGCCGUCAGCCACAUGCACGACGUGGGCGUGGUGCACCGCGACCUUAAGCCUGAGAACCUGCUAUUCAUGGACGAGAGCGAGGCCUCGGAAAUAAAGAUCAUCGACUUUGGCUUCGCCAGACUCAAGCCGCCAGAUAACCAGCUCCUGAAGACGCCGUGCUUCACCUUGCAGUACGCCGCGCCGGAGAUCCUCAAAUACGACGGCUACGACGAGUCAUGUGACCUGUGGAGCCUGGGCGUCAUCCUGUACACCAUGCUGUCAGGGCAAGUGCCCUUUCAAAGCAGAGAGAAGAGCCUCACUCACACCAGUGCUGAGGAGAUCAUGAAGAAGAUCAAGCAGGGCGACUUCUCCUUUGACGGGGAGGCCUGGAGAAAUGUGUCCCAGCAGGCCAAGGACUUAAUACAAGAGUUGUUGACGGUGGACCCCAGCAAGCGCAUCAAGAUGUGCGACCUGCGCUACAACGCCUGGCUGCAGGCAGACAGCCAGCUGUCCUCGAACCCGCUGAUGACCCCCGACAUCCUGGGCUCCACGGCCGCAUCUGUGCACACCUGCAUCAAGGCCACCUUCCAUGCUUUCGGUAAGUGUAAGAGGGAGGGUUUCCGGCUGCAGACGGUCGACAAGGCCCCGCUGGCCAAGAGGAGGAAGAUGAAGAAGACGAGCACUGGCACCGAGACCCGCAGCAGUUCCAGCUCCUCUUCCUCAUCCUGCUCGCAGUCGCUAGACAAGACGCCCCCACCCGGUGAGGUCCGCGUAAAGCCCAUGGGCACACCACCCCCUCCCGACACGGACAGCGGGAAGGCCGCCAUGUGUCCUACCUCACAGCCCAUAUGCCCCCUGUCAGAAUGACCCUGUUAGGGCGGGAGUGGGGGGAGGCAUAAGCUGAGCUGGAGUUUUGCACACGCAUGGGCGCCCCCUACUGGCAUAGUUACUGAGACCUGCUCUGAAUGAAUCCAGUGACGUGGGAGUGGUCUGAGUUUGUCCUGAUGCAUGCUGGGCCUGCUGCCCUUUAUAAACAGCAAUAAAUGAGCUCACCCGGGAUUGGUGGACGCCCGGAGUAAGGCCGCCCCCUGCUGGCCGCCCAUGAACAGUAUGGCUGGAGGUGGCUCCUGAACCGCUGUUUUGAGCUUUGAGGGAAGGACGGCGUGUCAGCAAGUGAAGUUUCGCUCCUGUUCCUUUGCGGCCAUGUUUGACUCUUCACUUUCCAAGUCAGCACCGGUCUGAUUUGUAAUAAGAUGUAUAAGCAUAGUAUUUUGUAAAUGUAGGUUGAAUUAAUAUAUUUAUACAUAGAAUUAUAAGACCAAUCAGUUUAACUCAUCAAUGCAACAACUCAACAACUGGAGCAACUUUCCUGUGGCUAAAUGAUAGCAGUGUGGCAGAUUGGGGCCCAGUCUACAACUAUUUUAUUCUUGAGAUUUGGCUAUUAAUCUGUUCAUCUUUACAGAUUCCAUCUGACGACAUGCUUUAGGGCAUCACAUCUGGUUCCUGCUUUUCCCUCUGAGCUGCAUGAAAACGCUGUUUCUGUGUCGGUGCAGCUUUGUAGUGGAGGACCUGAUGAUUUAUUGGUUUCAGCAUAGUUGACCGUUUCUCCUUGCAGCGAAAGGCUCCGCCUUUACAGUCAAAUUCUGGCUUCCUACCCUCUGCAUUUGAGCAGAUUCAUGGAAGCGUCCUUUAAAAAUGGCCCUGGAGGUGGAAACGGCUCCUAGGGCCACAGUGACCUGGAGUUGGGUGCCACCUGAAAGGCACCGUCCGUAGCCAUGAGGGAAAUCAGCUUGUUGAUCAAAGACAGCGUAUGUGUAAUUAUCAUUAUUCUGUUGGUGGGGAUGGACUUGGGAACCAGAGAAGUUGAAAUGGGAGAGCAAAAACAAGGUAAAAAUGUGAUUACAACUGUGUGUAACACUAUUAUGAAUGGGAUGAAGCUUUUAAUGGGAGGUCUGGCAGAUUUUAUACACUGUUAUUGUCCACACAUGGAUCAUAUCGCUGAUAAACUGUUUACACCCACAGUUUCCACUGUCCAUUUUGGCUAUUUGGGUCAGUGGGACUUAACCCACUUGUUGUGGGUUAAGUCCCAGUAGGUUGCGGUUGGCAUCAUUUGGGGGCACUGGAAUGUGAUUGUGAUUUUAGGGGCGUGGGAUAGGCUGAGCAGCCUGUGCUUGUAGCAUCACUUAGAGCUAAGAGAGACCAGAGCAACACUUCUCUUUGAUACCUCAUACGAAGCCUGGGCUCUAUCCUGAAUUCACGAGUCUGUGGUCUUCAGCUUCGUUUUCGAUCUCUUCGUGUGAUGCUGAGGGUGAGCGUGUUGGCAUCUCGACAUCGCGGCCUGAACGCCGGCAUUUGCCUUACUUUUGCCAUGCAUUUUUAAUUUUUAAUCUGUAGGAAAUGUUAAAGCCCACUCAGGGUGAUUGGACACUCCUGUGAUAAUUAUGAUGUGAUAAUUAUUGCUGGGGUAAGAUGGAAAAGAAAUUUUGUUCCUUUUUUAAAAUUGUUAGAAGUGUAAGUGGAAGAACUUUAGGAUUAUAAUUGGCGUAAUUUUCAUUUAAUUACCAUCUUAACAGUCUACACUGUGCCCUUCUUCACAGGGUAAUGGUGGAAUUGAGCUGUAAUCUAAUCAAAGGUACCACUCCAGAAAUAAUGGUGGAUAGCUUAUCGCUCAAGCAAUAAUGUACAUUAUAACAUUGCCGCAAUGGUGUGAACUCUUUGUGUUAUUCCUGCAUUCUCGUAGUAGCUGCAGAAAUAUACCAGAUGUUGAAGGGUUUGGAUUUCUGGCCAAGGUAUGGUCUGCUUCACCUCAUCUUAAACCUUUAACAGUGAAGUUUGCAAAAAAAAAAGUGAAACUAAUUGACAGUUUGAGGCAGCUUACUUGCAUGUCCAUCCUAUGCACUCCUGUGACAUCGCUGUUCAGUCAGAUAGUUACAAUAAGCAGGAAGGACUUUUAUUUUUAAAAAGCAGCGUUUGUGGCCGCUAUUCUCAGCGUUGCGGCAGUCAUCCUAAAGCAUUCGUCUUUGUGUGUGUGUGUGUGUGUGUGUGUGUGUGUGUUCGUUAUGUUCAGCAAUUGAAGCUCUUUUGUGUGACAGGAACGAACGUUAACAAGCCUAGGACUCUGACUGAGAGAGACGUGUUUGGAGGGUUAGGGGUAUUUAAGAAACUACUUUUUUGACGUUGCACUUUGUUGAGGAAUACCAUGACUGUAUUUUAAGAUAGGAGCAAGGGUUCAUAUUUAGUCUCUUUUGGCAGAGAACAAAAGAUUUUUGAAAGAAUUUUAGCCAUGCAUUUAUUUAAUGUUUUUAUAUAGCUAUUUAUCUGUGAAGUUGUUUCCUAGUCUGUCUAUAGUGUUUUAAAAUUUUCAUUCUCAGAUCAAUAUUUUUCCCCAUUGUGAUAUCAGUGGGUUUUAUUAACAUUUGGAGAAACUUGGUCAGACUGUGUGAAAUUCCCCCGUUAUCUACUCCUCUGUCCCUUGUGUUUGGUCCUCGUACCCGUGCCAGCAGUGAGUGUUUUGCACAUGCUGCCUGAGAGGACCCUCAGUAGUUACCUUGACAGUCUGCAGAGUUCCUAUGCAGGCCUGGACUGGGAUUAAAAACGCCCAGUACGCCAGAUGGCCAGUCCCGUUUCACUGCGGUCUGUCUGCGGUGUUUUAGGCCAUCUUAAAUUCCCAGUUGUGCUCCUAGGUGGUAUCCCCCAUUAUUCUGUAACAAGAGUAACGGAAAGCCUAGUAAUAUUACUAACUGCAUUUCUGUUGGAAAUACUUCAGUUAAGUGCUACUACAGUAUUUUUUUUGCCUCUGAGAAAAUCCUUAUUCGCGAGAGUUGUGCUUUUAUUGGGCAGCAUGUGUUGGUAUUUUGUUUUGUAUUUUAAAAAGAUACAGGGUUUCCUAAGUUUGAUGGUCUCUACUAAAACAAAAAAAGUAGUAAAUGAGAUUACAGACACCUUCCUUUUUGGGGUAUUUUCCACAGAUGAUUGCUUGUCAAGAACAUGUUUCCCUCGUUCUGUGGUUAAAAACAGAUGGUGUGUCCGUCUGGUGCAACACUUUAGCACGGUGUUUUUCUGUCACGGCACACUUUCCCAGCACGCCGGUUGAAAAGCGCUGCUUUCGGAGACACAUUGAUUAAUGCAAUAAUAUCUAAUGAAACCCCGCUGGCUGACUGCCAGUUUUUCUUUUUAUGUUAAAACUCAAUGGAUAUCAAUUCCUAUAUGGGAAGUCAUUAUAAAUUAAAUAAUUAUUGUCCCAUUCGCUGCGUGGUGAAAUAACUGAUAGUCAGUACUGUUCUUGCCACAGUUUGAUAUCCAGAAAACAUCACUUCAGAUCGGGCCAUAGUUGGCAGGUAUUAUAUUAUAUUUAGCAUACUAUUUUGGUUUCAUUUGGUUUUUUCGAAUACCUGUCUAAGACUACAUACAAUAUCGGUUGUUUUUGCAAGAACAAGAAAUUUCUGGGUGUAUCGUUCGGCAGCCGGAAGCGAAGGAGCUCAGCAGGCCAAACGGUCGCACUUUGGCUUUUUACAGCAUCCAUCCUUUCGGCUAUUAGUGUGCUCCCUGUCGGGCGUUUCCUGCGGUGAUUACACAGAGGAAAUUUUAGGUAAAAGAGCUUUAAAUAAUGGAUUUCCAAAUUAUACCAAUUUAACUUUUGAUAUUCUAGCUGGACUAGGAAUAUUCUUGUAUUGACUUAUUCAUAUAAAAUUGUGCAUGUAGCGUACGGCUACUGUAGUACCAAACUAAAACAUGGUGUCUGUCCUUUGAGUGUCUUGAUGUUGUUCAUAUGGUCCGUAAAGCGUAAUUUUUGAACAAAAUUCAGCAUCCUCAGUAUUCUAAUUGUAAUGAGUGGUUUUGAAAAAUGUGGGUUUAUAUGGCUUUAUUGAAAUAUUUAAAGGGACAGUGAGUAUUUUUUUUUUUUGAGACAUUGACACAAAGGGAUGGAAGUUUUUUGAUGGUUUACGGCAAUGUUUCCUAAUCCGGUCCUUGGGGACCCAUAAACAGUCCAUGUUUUUGCUCCCAUCCAGCUCCCAGGUAGGGCAGCAAAAAUGUGGACUGUCUAGCAGUGAGCUUGGCGAGAGCAAAAUCGUGGACCGACUGUGGAUCCCGGAGGACAGGACUUUGAAACACUGGUUUAGGGAGUUAAAUCAGCUCCUGCUCUUGAUGUGUUGUACAUUAGGUGUGUUUAAUAUCCCCAACGUGUCUUUGGAGAUUAACGAUAUUUCUUGCUUUUGUCGUUCAUUCAGUGUUUAAAAUGUUUAUGGGUGAGAUACUAAUGUGAUCAUGUUAAGGGCUGAAAUAUUUUGAAACCUUGAAAAGAAUAACAACCGGUACUGUAUCUUAAUGUUAAAUAAAACGUAUCAUAUUUAUGGCAA